CCCCACUCCCAGCACCAGCAUGAGUGAACGCAUGAACACCACUGUAAUCUUCGAUGGCAUCCGCUUCCCAGGGUUCAUUCACACUCUGGAGUCCCUGAAAGCGGCCUCUGCUUUCCAGUUCCAGGACAAAGACGUCCUCUUGGUGACAUUCCCCAAGUCAGAGUGAGGUCACCCUUGAGGCAACAUGGAAGAAGCAUUGAAGUUGUGUAGGUCCUGAGCUUGGCGGUACCACAUGGAUGCAGCAAGUGCUGAGCCUUAUCUUCUGUGAGGGCCACCUGUGGCCUAUCCAUCACCUCCCCAACUGGGCCCGCGUGCCUUGGAUAGAGCAAAUCUCCUUUAGCCAAGUCUUUCAAGAGCUUAGAAGUUCCUGGCCUCGUCUGUUCACCUCCCACCUGAGUGCCAAAGUCCUGGCCCCGGCUCUGAUGAAGUCCAAAGUCAAGGUGGUGUACAUGGCACGGAACCCCAAGGACACCCUUGUUUCCUUCUACCACUUCCACCGAAUCGCAGGCUUCAUGCCCGACCCCAGCUCCUUUGAAGACUUUGUGGAUGAGUUUCUUGAGGGUACAGGCUUCUUCGGUUCCUGGUUCGACCAUGUGAAGGGGUGGCUGGGCCUCCAGAAGGACCUAAAUUUGCUCUUUGUCACCUAUGAGGAGCUGCACCAGGAACCCCGCCGUACCAUCCAGAAGUUAAGUGAAUUCCUGGAGCACCCCCUGCGGCCAGAAGAGGAAGAUGUCGUACUCCAGCACUGCAGCUUCUCCUUCAUGAGUCAGAGCAACAUGGUCAACUACAGCGUUUUGUCCAACGAGAUCAUGGACCAAAGAAAGGGCAAGUUCCUGAGGAAAGGUGUUGUGGGGGACUGGAGGGAACACUUUACUCCUGAAUUGAAUAAGAAGUUCAACGCUGUCUACCAGUCCAAGAUGGGUGACUCUGGUCUCUGCCUCCCCUGGACCAUGGACUGACCCUUCUGACCCAUCUGGCCUAUUCGCAUGGACCUGUCCUCCUACUCUGCUAUGCCCCUGAUCUAGCAAUAAAAGCUCAGGACCAUGCUGUGUAGACUACCCCA